AGCUCAUAAUUCAGUUUCCUCCCAAGAAAACCAACAUUCCAAGACAUUAUGGCCUUUCCUCUUUUUCUUUCUCUUUUUCAGCUCCUUUUGAUCACUUCUCCAACCUUAAUUCCUUUUGCAUAUGCUAACGAAAGUCAUCGGAAACUUUCCUUGUCCUCUUCAACCUUAAAUUUCCCAAAAGCUCAGGCUGAAAGGCUCAUUAGACAACUUAACUUGUUCCCUGAGCUUGAAAUCAACAUCUCCCCUGGUCGUCCUGGUAACUUGUCUGGAUCAAGAAUUGUCGAAAAGCAAUUUAGUUUAUCUUGUCUUGGUGAUUCUGGGGCCACAGUUGAAGACUUGGGCCAUCAUGCAGGGUAUUAUAAACUUCAACAUUCCAAGGAUGCAAGGAUGUUCUACCUUUUCUUUGAAUCCCGUAAAAGCAAGAGCGACCCUGUUGUUAUUUGGUUGACUGGAGGACCAGGAUGCAGUAGUGAACUAGCUUUGUUCUAUGAAAAUGGCCCUUUCAAGAUUGCAAACAAUCUGUCUCUGAUAUGGAAUGAUUAUGGAUGGGACAAGGUAUCAAACAUUAUAUUUGUCGACCAGCCAAUUGGAACAGGAUUCAGUUAUAGUUCUGAUAAAAGCGACAUCCGCCACAAUGAAGAGGAAGUCAGCAAUGAUUUGUACGACUUCCUUCAGGCAUUUUUUGAGGAGCACCCUCAAUAUGCAAAGAAUGACUUCUAUAUAACUGGAGAAUCAUAUGCUGGGCACUACAUCCCUGCUUUUGCCUCUCGAAUUCAAAGAGGAAACAAAGGCAAGGAAGGAACUGGUAUUAACCUCAAGGGUAUUGCAAUUGGCAAUGGACUCACUAAUCCAGAAAUCCAGUAUCAAGCAUACACCCAAUAUGCUUUGGACAAUAAAUUGAUUACACAGGCAGAUGCCAACACGUUAAGCCCCCUGGUGUCACAAUGCCAACAGGCAAUUAAAUCUUGUGGCCCUGAUGGUGGAACUUCCUGUAGGCAAGCAUAUAGUACUUGCAAUGGCCUCUUCAACAGUAUAUUGGAAAUCGCUGGCAACAUAAACUACUAUGAUAUCCGAAAGCAGUGUAUUUCUAAUCUAUGUUACGACUUUUCGAACAUGGAAAAAUUCCUCAAUGAGAAAUCAGUCAGAGAUGCACUGGGUGUUGGGGAUAUUGAAUUUGUGUCAUGCAGUGGAGACGUGUACCAAGCACUGAUCACAGACUGGAUGAGGAAUCUUGAAGUUGGUGUUCCAGCAUUCCUGGAAGAUGGAGUCAAGGUACUUGUAUAUGCUGGGGAGUGUGAUCUCAUCUGCAACUGGCUUGGAAACUCAAGAUGGGUUCAUGCUAUUGAGUGGUCUGGGCAGAAAGAUUUUGAAGCAGCUCCAGAUGUUCCAUUUGUAGUAGAUAGUGUCGAAGCUGGAUUACACAAGGGCCAUGGACCUCUGUCUUUUCUUAAGGUCCAUGAUGCUGGUCACAUGGUUCCAAUGGAUCAACCAAAAGCAUCAUUGGUUAUGAUAGAGAAGUGGAUGCAGGGCACACUUCCAGUGACUGGGAUAGCAGAUAAGCUGAGCACCCAGUGAUUUAUGCCUAACUACACAAUUGACUUCAACUGCUGCUUCACUAUCUUUCAGCAAUUUUGGGAGUUUAUUGGGAUGAUAUAUUCUUUCUGAGCAUAAGUUGCAGAAAACUCCAAUUGAAUACAAUAUUAUAGUCAAUUUUCAUACCAUUCUUGCAUUAUUUAGUUUGAGAAAUUUGGAUGAGAUAGAGCUUAUGAUCAUCAUCCCAUAAAGUAUCAACAUCGAUCUUUUGGUCUUAA